AUGUGCUACACGAUGCUGUCUGAGCAGGACGAGAAAACGAUGUCGUUUGGUGAGAGAAUCGAAUACAGCGAACACGUCACCCGAACCACGGUCGUCGCCCGGUCGGGAUAUCCUUUUCCGGGUCGGAAGACCCGUUUUCAAGCCGAGACGGCAGGGCCCAGGACGGUGAGGUUCUCUGUCACCGACCCCGACGCCACCGACUCUUCCGGCGACGAAGAUGAUGGGUUCUCCGUCAAGCGCCGGCGGGUCAGGAGGUUCGUCAGCGAGGUCAGAAUCUUGCCCUGCAGCGAGGAUAACGGGAAUGUCAACGGAAAUGCGAAUGGCGUCUCCGGGAGGAGUUUGCCGGCGCCCGGCGGGGCGAGGCGGAUGAAAGGCACCGGAAAAGUAGAGCGGAAGGAGGCGGAGGCGAAGGCGAAGACGGCAGGGAGUCCGAAGAAGUUCCGCGGCGUGAGGCAGAGGCCGUGGGGGAAGUGGGCGGCGGAGAUUCGGGACCCGGCGCGGCGCGUGCGGCUGUGGCUGGGCACCUACGACACGGCGGAGGAGGCAGCCAUGGUGUACGACCACGCGGCCAUCCAGCUGCGUGGUCCCGACGCGCUGACCAACUUCUCCGCCCCGACCGCGACGGCGGAGGUGUACAACUCCGGCGAGGACUCGCUCAACAACAUCAACGCCGCCACCCAGUCGCCCAAGUCCGUCCUCCGGUUAGUGUCUCCGGCGGACUCCCACACCGAGGCUGAAACCGAAGCCGAGUCGUGCUCCGUGUUCUCGCAGCAGGACGGCGUCGUCUUGGAGAAGGAGGCGAACGGCGAGGGCUUCCCGGAUUUCUCGAUUUUCCGGCCGAGUGACGAUUUGUUUGCCGAGUGGGAAAAUCCGGUGGCCGGGCCCGGUUUGUUUGACCAGGACGGUUUUUCGAGCGGCAAUUUCGUGCCGGAUUUCUGCUGCACGGAUGAUGUGUUUAUCGGGUCGGGCGCGGAUUUCGGGUUCGCAGCGUCCACCUGGCAGACAGAUGAUUGCUUUCAAGACAUUGGUGAUAUAUUCGGGUCGGACCCUCUUGCUGCCUUUUGA